GCAUGAAGACGCAACACAAAUGACAUUAAAAACAAAGGUUACAUCGCAGAGAACGUUAACUGAAUUUAAUUCUGUUCCAACAGCUUCUCCAUGGCCAGCCUCUGUGAACCAUCUCUGACCCAGCUGGUUCUUCUGUUACUGGGUGAGAAACAAAGUGGGAAGAGCUCGGUGGGAAACAACAUUCUGGGCAGACAGGUCUUUGGCAGGAACACGACUAGAAGCAGCAAGAAAACUGGAAUUGUCCACGGACUACAGGUGACUGUGGUCGACACCCCAGGUUGGACCACCCACUCUCCUGUUCAAGACACGGUCUCCCGGGAGCUCUUCAGGGGUCUGGACCUGUGUCCCCCAGGACCGCACGCCAUCCUGUUGAUGCUGCCCACCCACCAACCCUUCAGCCAGGUGGAGUGGAGGGCCAUGGAGCUCCAGCUCAGACAGCUGCAGGUUCCUCUCUGGCAGCGGACCAUAGUCCUGUUUACCCAUGCAGACAAACUCGACGAACCCAUCCAAGAGCACAUCUGGAAACAGGGCAGGACUCUACAGUGGCUGCUGGAAAGAUGUGGGGGCCGGUACCAGAUCAUGACCAGCCAAUCCAACGAGUCUCAGCUUCAGGUCACAGAGCUUCUCAAUAGGAUCCAGAAGAUGGUGGCAUCUACAAUGCACCCCAAGGACAUCCAACACCUCCAUCCAGGAAGAGAUGUAAGCAGGAGGCGGACACAGACACGGCACACAAAACACCAAGAGAUAGAGAUGAUGGGAAUAAACCUCAUCCAUGAUGGAAAUCACAGACAAACCCCAAUAAUGGCCUGGGGAUGGUCUCCCACAACUGCAGAUCUGGCUCCUUGGAGGCCUGCCUUCAGCCUCAUCCUGCUGGGAAGGAGAAGGUCAGGAAAGAGUUCAGUAGGCAACAUGAUCCUGGGCAAACAAGAGUUUCAGAGCAACGUUAAGACCGCCACAUGCUCCUCAGGCAAGGCUCAACUACCACGGUGGUCCGUGACGGUGGUGGACACCCCCGGAUGGAGUCUGUUUGGUCUUGCUAAUCCUGAAACCGUCAGGGAGGAGCUUGUUCGGAGUCCCUACCUGUGUCCUAGAAGAAGUAAGAUUGUAUUUGUGCUGGCCAUACCCUUAGACUCCUUCAAAGAGAAGAACAGGAUGACUGUGGAGAAGUAUCUGAGCGUGUUGGGAGACGAUGUUUGGAACAGAACUGUGGUGCUGUUCACCUAUGGAGACAUUCUGAGAGGGAGGACAAUUGACAGCUACAUCGAGGAGAAAGGAGAGCCUCUCCGGUGGGUUUUGAACAGAUGUGGGGACCGUUAUCGUGUGUUCGAUACUAAAACAAGAGACAAAUCUCAAGUAAAUGCACUGAUGGAAAUGGUGGAGAUGUUAUGAAACCUGCAAACUUUCUCUCCAUCCUGUUGGCAGUUCACUAGUAGUUUUCAUUGAGGUGUGAGAGGAAAAUGUCACUUGCAGUGCAUAAUUUACCUUAACUUUUUUAUUGAAUUUUCAAAAGAAAAAUUAUUUUGUUUAUUCCACUCAGCUUAGCAUUUACAAUAGUUUAAACUUUGUUCAGCAGUGUUUUAGACAAACACUAAUUAUGAAUUGAACAAACUUCAAACAGAGGUCUGGUAAAACAAUCAACAUUCUAUUCCUCUAAUGGAUUCAUAUCUUUACCAUAUUGAUGAAGGGUUGUACAUUCUUUAAUUUAUUUUCUUUGUCUUUGAAAAUAUAUGUAAUUCUUUCUAAUUGUGUAAAUGUUUUUCCAGCGUUUUUGGGAGAGUUUUGCAUGAAACACCCUUUCCUCUUUGUAAGAGUUAUGUAUUAUUGGAAAUCUAACUAACAAAAAGCAAUUUGGUUCCAAUGAGAUCAGAUCUACUUUAAAAUAAUUUUCUCAAUUUUAACUUUCACUUCUUACCAGAAUGUUUGUAUACGUUUCCAUUCCAAGUACACGAAAGCAUGUUUCUGUAGUAUGCAUAUAUUUUGCGCAGAUAUCUGGUAUAGUUCAUAAUAAUUGACAUGACUCUUCCCUGAUAAAAAGAAAGAAUAUUUUGCAGAAUAACAGCACCACAGAAAAAAUAAAGGAUACAAAAAUUAUAUCCAUUAUAUCCUGUCCCUCACAAAGCAAAAGAAGUGACCUUUAAAAUCAAAUGACAUUUUCCUUCGAAUCAUAUUUUACAUAAUCGCUUUAACUGGAAUGGCGAUCUUUGUGUCUUUUGUGGAAAUGAUGUAGAAACUGUGGAACAUCUUUUCUUUAAGUGCAUGCAUGUAAAUACGUUUUGGUCUUCUAUUCAUAAUUGGCUGAAAACCAAAAUUAUCAUCAUAAACCCUUUAAAUUAAUCCCACUAAAAUGUGAUUAUAAUUAACUGGACGUUCUGACUAUUGAUUGUGAUUUCAAAGCAUUUUAUACAUAAUUUUAAAAUCUUAAAGGUGAAAUAUCACAUUAAUGGAUUAUUAAACCGUCUCAAACUAUUCUCUGAAUCUUGACAUUACAUGAAACACAAGAAUGCCCAGACGUUGUUUAAUUUGUUUGAUUUAUUUGAACUUUUGAAUUAGCCCCCUUACCUUUUUUUAAGUUGAAUUUGUUUUCAUAUUAUUUUUUUUGUCUGCCUUUGUCUCAUUAUUGAUAUUGAUGUCAUUGACGUAUAUAUCGUGAUUUUUGUGUGAAAUUCUUAGUUUAAUAAAAGAAUGAAAAAAAUCA